AUGAGCGGCCUUUCUUUUUUUCGGCGCAUGUCGUUGCACAGGCUCCGCAAGUCAUCCACGAGCUCUCACACAGACCAGCCGUCCCCCGUCGACAUCCUCGCCCCAGUCGACGAUGAGCCGCUCUUCACCCCAGAGACACAGACGGUGCUGCUGCUGCACGCCGCCAAGCAGCCCUACCAGCUGACCGACAGCUACCCGGUGCCCCAGCUGCAGGGAGACCGCGAAGUCCUCGUGAGGGUGCAGGCCAUUGGACUGAACCCAAUUGACUGGAAGGCACCGGACUUCAACUUCGCAUUACCAGAGCUUCCCUACAUAUCCGGGAGGGAGCUGGCGGGAGAGGUGGUCCAGACGUCGACGCGUCCGUCGCGGCUUAGAUCCAGAGACAAGGUCCUAGUAAUAUCCACAGACUACCGGGACCUCCGCAAGGCCGCGUACCAGGAAUACGUGGUAGCGUUCGACUACAACAUCGUGCGGCUGCCGCCGAGCCUCUCGGUAGAGGAGGGCUCGACGCUCGGCGUCGCGUUUGUGGCCGCCGCGCUGGCGCUGGGCGUGUGCAUGGGCGUCGAUUUCUCGGGCGUGCUGGACGGCCCGGAUCUCUUCAGCCUGAUUCGCCAAGUCGAUCCCGAGGCUGUCGCCAGCGACAUUCGCAGCGAGUGCCUCGACGGGAUCCAGAGCCACGAGCGAGCUAAGGCCGGCGACUGGCUCGCCAUCUGGGGUGGCUCGUCGACGUCGGCAAACCUGACCAUCCAGCUGGCGCGGCUCGUGGGCAUCAAGACAGUCGUCGUGGUCGACAAGGCGAAGCACGGCCUGCGGCUUGCCAAUCAUACGGUCCUCCGGCCCGACCUGCUCGUCGACAGCCACAGCCCGGAGCGGGCCGUCGCCAUCAUCCGCGGCAACCUGCCAGGCCAAGUGCGGUUCGGCAUCGACACGCGCGGCCGCGACACGGCGACGAGCCUACUACAAGCGCUGUCACCAAGCAACCUAGCCAGCACGCUGCCGAUAUCCUCGGCCACAACAAAACCCCCCGCCGCCACCGCCGCCAGCGACGGCUCACCGCCCGUAACCCCGCCGGCAACGCCGCACGCGUCGACGCUGCUGUCAGCGCACCUGAUCGGGCUCACCGGCCUUCCCAAGCCGCCGCCGCCUGAGGGCACCCUCUUCCACACGGUGCCCAUCAAGCUGUUCCACGAGCUGUCGGCCGUCGGCGACGCCCUCGCCACCUGGCUCGAGCGCCUGCUCGCCAGCGGCCUUGUCGCGCCGCCCGAGAUCAUCGACGUCGAGCACGGCCUCGCCAGCGUCAACGGCGCGCUCGACAGGAUGCGCAAGGGUGAGAUUAGUGGCGGGAAACUUGUUGUUAAGGUUGCCGCGUGA